AUGGAGAAUCCUGAAGGAAGAAGUAGAGAUGUAGCCAGAACCGAUGGAGAGAAAACAACUGGUUCUUCGGUUGUGUUUGCAACCGUAGCAGCUGUGGCAGUGGUCGGACCGCUUCUUGGUCUGAUGAGUUUCAGCCUCGUCGCGACUGUGACGUUGUUUAUUGUGGUUUCUCCAUUGAUGCUGAUAUUUGCUCCGGUGUUGAUGGCAACGGUGGCGAUUCUUGUGGCGGCUAUGGUUGGUGUUGGGGUGGCGGCAGUCAUGUGGUUGGUGGGUAUUGCCGCUUUGGUUUGUUGUGGACGAGAGAUUGGUGUUGGAACAGGAGUGGCUGGGAGGAUGGUUGAGUCGGUGGUGAGAGAGUUAGGUUAUGGUCGGAAUCGUUACUUGCGAGACAAGUGA